GCAUGCCGGGACUCGUAGUUCCCGCCCUCCCCGGCCGUGGUUGCCCGCGGGGCGCAGUCGAGCGCCGCGGACUGUAUCUCCCGGCAGGCCACGCGCGCUAUAACAGGCUCUUCGCGGGCGGCGCCGGAGCAUUGUGGGAGUGGAGGAGGCUCAAGAUGGACACUCGGGAUGCUGCAGGAAAGGCAAACCGGUGGUUUGGGGUGGCCCCUCCCAAGUCCGGAAAGAUGAACUUGAACAUCCUUCACCAGGAAGAGCUUAUUGCCCAGAAAAAGCGGGAGAUUGAAGCCCGGCUGGAGCAGAAGGCCAAGCAGAGCCAGGGAGCCAGCCUGCAGCCUGGCGAGAUGGUGAACGCAGACAACUCCUGCAUUUCCAACAAGUUUGCCAAUGAUGGCAGCUUCCUACAACAGUUCCUGAAAUUACAGGAAGCAAAGACCAACACUGAUGCCCCCCCCAGCGCACCCAGUGCGCCCCCUCGCCUACUCCCGCGUGCCGGGAAGAGGCCGCCUCUGCUCAGCAGCCCACCUGGCCAGGCGCGGAGCUACGUGCAUGCCAAGCAGCUGCCCGUGGCCCAGCGGCCCAGUGUCUUCCUGUCCCCGGACGAGGAGGAGGAGGAGGAUGAGGAGCAGUGGCUGGAGAUCAAAGUUUCACCCCCAGAGGAAGCCGAGACUCGGAAAAUAAUAGAGAAUCUGGCCCGCUUUGUGGCGGAAGGAGGCCCCGAGUCCGCACCGGCUCUGGAGAAGCACAAGGCGGACCCAGCUCUAUCGUUCUUACAGAAUGAGAACAGCCGGGAAUUCCUCUACUACAGGAAGAAAGUCGCCGAGCUGAGGAAGGGGGCGCAGAAGCUGCAGGCGGGGGCCUCCCAGAAAGUUUCACCCCCAGAGGACGAGGAGGCCAAGAACCUUGCAGAAAAGUUGGCCAGGUUCAUAGCAGACGGGGGUCCCGAGGUAGAAACCGUCGCCCUCCGCAGCAACCGCGAGAAUCAGGCCUUCAGUUUUCUGUACAAACCCAGCAGCCCCACCUACAAGUAUUACCGCCAGAAGCUGGAAGAGUUCCGGAAGGCCAAGGCUGGCCCCGCGGGCAGCCCCUGGGCCCCCGACCUCAAGUGCACGCCUCCUGCAGAGACCCCAUCCGGGUCCGCGCCCCCCGCGGCCACCUGCCCUGCCUCACCUGCUCCGGCCACCCCCACGCCUGCCCCCACCGCCCCCUCGCAGCCCACGGCCACAGCCACAGCCAAGAGGAAACGGAAGAGCCGCUGGGGGCCAGAGGAGGACAAGGUGGAGCUGCCGCCCGCCGAGCUGGUGCAGAGGGACGUGGACGCCUCGCCCUCGCCGCUGUCAGUUCAGGAUCUCAAGGGGCUGGGUUACGAGAAGGGAAAGCCGGUGGGGCUGGUGGGCGUCACGGAGCUGUCGGACGCCCAGAAGAAGCAGCUGAAGGAGCAGCAAGAGAUGCAGCAGAUGUAUGACAUGAUCAUGCAGCAUAAGCGCGCCGUGCAGGACAUGCAGCUCCUUUGGGAGAAGGCGCUGCGGCAGCACCAGCACGGCUAUGACAGCGACGAGGAGGUGGACAGCGAACUGGGCACCUGGGAGCACCAGCUGCGGCGCAUGGAGAUGGACAAGACUCGGGAGUGGGCAGAGCAGCUGACCAAGAUGGGUCGAGGAAAGCACUUCAUUGGGGACUUCCUGCCGCCCGAUGAGCUGGAGAAGUUCAUGGAAACCUUCAAGGCCCUGAAGGAAGGCCGUGAGCCCGACUACUCAGAGUACAAGGAGUUCAAGCUGACGGUGGAGAACAUCGGCUACCAGAUGCUCAUGAAGAUGGGCUGGAAGGAGGGCGAGGGGCUGGGCUCCGAGGGCCAGGGCAUCCGGAACCCUGUCAGCAAGGGUACCACCACUGUGGACGGCGCCGGCUUUGGCAUCGACCGGCCCGCGGAGCUGUCCAAGGAGGAUGAUGAGUACGAAGCCUUCCGGAAGCGGAUGAUGCUGGCCUACCGCUUCCGGCCCAACCCCCUGAACAACCCCAGGCGGCCUUACUACUGAGCGAUCCAGCAGGAAGGACAGACGGACAGAUGGACAGCCGUUUUUUCCGAGACCGAGACUGCACCCAUGGAUUACAGUGUGUCAGCCACCCCUUUGCCGCCCGCUGUU